AUGGAAAACGAUUUGGAAAUACCUUUUAAAGAUCUUCUCGAACACGAUCACCCAGAAGUUUAUAAAUACAUUCAAAAUGCUGUCCGAAUGCUUCAUAGACAACAGAGUUUACUGGCAAAGAUUAAAAACAACUCUGUUGACUCCAAGGUAUUAAAUUCAUUAAGACAGUUCAUAAUAUAACACACUACUUUAAGUUUAGUUUACAAUACAAUAAUAUUUUUAAUUAUUAUUGUUUACAUAGAAAUCAAACAAUAAAACUGAAGUUUAUGACCAACAAAUAGAAUUGGUCAAAAGUGAAAAAAACAAUGAGAAAGAAAACUUAAAAGUUGUCGAUGAUCCAAAUACAGUUGAUGCGUCUUUUACAGUAAGUGAACAUUUUUUUUUUAUAUAGACAUUUUUCUUAUCAGCUUAAUAAGGCCUUAUACUCACAUUGUUACCACUAUUGUUUAAACAUUUCCUAUCAUCCUCAUCCUCAAUUUGCACAUUUUCAUGGACCAUUUCUAGAUGUUUUUUUACCACGUUCUUUAAUCUUUUGCUAAUAAUUCUUCCCUCUGUUACUUAUUUAAUUGUUUUUUCCAUCCGUUCUCCAUAUAUGACUGAACUAACCUGUUUCUGCUAAUGAUGGAUGUUUGGUUAUACAUAACUAUUUUGUAAGUCAGCCUUAUGUCUGUUAUUCUCUCAAUAAUAACUUUGACUUUAAUAGCAUUAGUAAAUUGUAAUAGCACCUGUUCACACUGGUUGUUCAUUUAUUUCUUUGUGUAUGUUAUUUUUAUUUAUCCCUAAGUAUACAUACGAUGAUAUUUUUUCAAAUAAAUAUAAAUUAACUUAGGUAUAAGCUUGAAUUUUUUCUGUUGUUUUCUGAUAUACAUAUUAUUUUAUUUUAUUCUAUUCUGAUUAACUCAUGAUCUUGGUGGUUCGUAUCACUUCGUUUUUAGAAUUUACUAGAACGAAUACAUCAUUUACCUAGUCUGGGAUGAUAUCAAUUCCAUCUAUUUCUAUUUUUGGUGCUUCUUUAGUUGUUCUCACUACUCAUUCAAGGGCAAUGUUGAAUAGCAUUGGAGAUAAUGUGAGAUAAUGAAUCCAUCUUAACACAGGUCAGAUUUCAUUUCAACCAUUUCAGUUAACUUAUGAAUCUAAAAUUAAAAUUAAUGAAUUCAUUACGCCAUACAUUUGUUAAUUUUCAUUUUACACCUUUUUCUGGGUUUUCUCAAUUAUUAUGAACACUGCCCAGAAAAUCAGAAAAUGACUUAAUUCCUCAGUAUCUAUAUCAAAAAUGUGUCUCGGCAUUUUUGAUUAAAGCAAUACUUCUGGUAGAAAAGUUGUCUACAGGUAGAACAAUAAAAUAAAUAAAACAUAUUAAGACCAGUAGAUCCAUCUCUCUGCUCUGAAUCUAAAAUUAUAAAAGGAAUAUUAUUAUUAUUGUGCUUAGAACACAAAUUGCAGUAUAUUAUAAUUGUAAAUAUUACACACCUACAUAACAAUUAUUGUUUGUUUAUACAUUUAAUAAUUUAUUUAUUUAUAAGUAUAUUAUAAAAAAAUAAUAAUAAUAAUUUGUAUUCAGUAGUAUACUAGUAUAAUAAGUUAAGUGUUGAUUUAAUUUUAUUAUUAUUACAGAUUAAAAAAUUAACAAAUGUAAAGAAAAAUGAAGAACAAGAAAAUGACAACUCUGAAAAAAUUAAAUGUGAAAUAAAGGAGGAGGGAGAAUGUAGUGAAGAUGAAGACAAAUCUAAAGAUUUUAAACAGACUAAUCAAUAUAAUUUGGGAGAAAGUCGUUUUUUAUUAGAAAAAACGACAGGAAUGUAUUAUGAUCAAGUGACUGGUUACUAUUAUAAUUUAGUAAGUUAAAUUAAUUAAUUUAUCACUCAUAAUUUUGUUUUAUAAUGAUAUAUGAAUAUAUAUAUAUUUUUGAAAUUGCAGGAAAAUGGAUUAUUUUAUGAUGGGAACCAAGGGUGUUAUUAUUAUUUUGAUGUAAUUGCACAAAAGUAUAGAUUAUAUUCUCAGAUUCCCUCAAAUCCAGUUCAAGUAUCUUCUGUAGAGCCUAAAGUUGUAAAAUCAGAGAAUGGUCAGGAUUUACCUGAGAGUAUUAGUGAUGAUACUGAUUCAGACAAUUCAGAUGAUAGUUGUAACUUAGUUAUUAAAGAAGAUACUGAAGAAGAUACUGAACAAACAGAGAAAGAUAUUAUAAAAGAUAAUAUUUUACAUGUUAAUGAAAAGAAUCUUAUUGAAUGUCCUGACGAGAAAGCUGUGGUGAAAAAUGAAAUAGAUGUUAAGCAGCACUCAAUUACCAAUGAUGGUAACAAUGAAGAAAAAGAAGAUUUAAAACUUGAAGAUUGCCCCCCUCCACUUUCUACUUGUGAAGUACUUGCUAGUUUUUUGAUUAGUUAGUUUUUCAAAUUUGUAUUUUCUGUUAUUCUUAUUUCAGAUUUUAGAGAAGCGUUAUUUGAAUUUAUUGCAAUAUACAAAGUUAUUGCCAGCACCUAAGAAUAUAGUUCACAAAUUAACACCUGAUGGGGUAAACCAUACUGGUAAGCCAUUUGGAAAAUUGGCACAAAAACUAACUUACAUAAUUUGCAGAGUAAAGCAAAACAAUAUGCACAAAUAAGAAACUGGUAUACACUCAAACAUCAACUAUCGGCAAUCGAAUCAGAAAUUAUUCAGUAUGACAAUCUUGUUUGGGAUCGAAUUGAACAAUACUUAUGUCAAAAUAAGAGAGACGACAAAAAUUCUAAUUGGAAAUCAUAUAAAGAAGUUAAGGGACAUUUGUCAGAUACGCAAACUAAAUUAAUUAAAUCAAGUAAACAAUUCUUUUUAGUUUUAAUUUAACAAUGAUAGUUUAAACAUUUUUUUAUUGAUUAUAUUAAUUUACAAUAUAUAUAUAUAUAUAUAUAUAUAUAUGUUGUACUUAUAGAAGUUGUGGGUUGGCCUCCAUGUGUACGUAUUAUAAUAACAGAAUCUAAAGCAUGUAAAUCAUUGGUCGGUAAACUAUUUUUAAUUACAUGUCCUGGUGGAACAAUUGGACGUUCAACCAACAGAGAUGUAGUAGUACCUGAUGAUAAUGUUAGCAAGGUUAAUAUUGAUAUUUUGUUCUUCAUAUUUCAUCUUAUUCACCAAUAUUACUGUAUCAAUGAAUUAAAUUUCAUAAUUACCUAUUAAUUUAUAAAAUAUAUUUUUUGUUAUUAGUUACAUGCUGAAAUAUUGUUUGUUGGCAAUGUAAAUAAAGUUGGUAGAGGCCAUUAUAUUGUUAAAGAUAAAGGUAGUACAAACGGCACCUUCUUAGAUGGUAAAAAAUUGUCAAAGAAUUCAUCUUCCACUGAACCACGUCAUUUAGUCCACGGCAGUGAACUUUCUGUAGGUGAUACUACAUUUUUGUGUCAUAUUCAUGAAGGGAUGGAAACAUGUAAUUUAUGUGAACCUGGUAUACAAGCUCCUCCUUUAGAAGAGAGUAAGCCCUAAUUUAUUUUUUGUAUGAUUAUUGAUAAUAGUAUUUUAACUUUAUAUAAAAGAGCUCAUAAAAUAUUCAAUAUUGUAGAAUCUGAGUCUAGCAAAGAAUGUAUUAGUUUUACAAAGAUGUUAAUUUUUUUUAUUUUUUCUGUGAACACUUUCUACUAGAAAGCUUACCCUGAUGUAGACCCUUUUCUGAAAGGAAAUUUUCUUGAGGUAGUACUUUAGGGAGGUUAAAAAACUAGGAAAAUGUAUGAAAUGUAAUAUAUAGUAAAAUAUUACCAUUUCUUUUUUGUGGACAACUUUUAUACCAAAAAUUUUGCUCCAAUUUACAAUGAUAGCAUUUUUUUAAAAAAGGAAAUGUGACUGAAGGUACUUUAGGGAGACCAUUUUCGAUUUUUCUAAGAGUUUUCUCAGAAAAUGUGAAAAAACAGGAAAAUCGGUACAAUAUUAAACAAAUAUUAUUAAAGAAAGAAUAUAUUGUUGAACUUCACUCAGAAUCGUUUUUAGUAAGCAAUGAUUUAUAGUUACUUACAGAUACAAAUUAAUUUCCCUUUUAUAUCCUACCAUCGCAACUUUUCACCAACAACAGUGGCUGCACCCAUCAAGCAAAGUAUGUCAGUUUUUUUUAAAAGUUAAAUUUGAAACUCCCUACACAUCUUUUUCUAAUAUAAAGUAAAUAAAUAUUUUUCAGCCAAUUAUGUAAUAAAUAUAAUCCUACAUGCAUUUUAUUUAACCAAAUGAAAAAUAUGUAGGUUGUUUUAUUAGUAAUAGUAAUUACUAAAAAUAAAAAAACUCGUUUAUUAGUUCAUCAUAAUUUACCAUUUUAUAUAAUAUAAUCUGUAUAAUAUUGACUAUUUUAUAGCAGUAUUGUAAAAUAACAUUUUCCUUUAGAUAUAAGAUUGUUAUUUUUUUUAUAAAUCAAUAAUAAUCUAAAUUGAAUAUAUACAAGUAAAAAUGAUGUUGACCAAUUGACUUAUUUGUUUAAAGGUGUUAAAAAUGUUUUACCUCCAAAACGAAAAUAUGACGAAGAGCUUAAAAGUAUUAAAGAAAAGUAUGGGUUACUUGGCUGUGAACCGCCUGAUGCUGUUUUACCAAAAGGAUAUAAAGACAGAGCUGAUAAAAGACGAAAAACUGUUGGAUCCCAAAAUGCAAACGAAAAAACUGAAGUGGCUUGUGUGACACAGUGAGUCCUACAUUUAUUUUUAUGUUUGAUAAUAAAAUCAUUAUUAAUAAAUAGUUGAAAUAGUCAAUUUUUAUAUAAAAUAAUAUACAUUAUUAUAUACAUACAUAUUAAAAACAGAGGAUGUAACUAAUGACGUUUACACACAUUUGGGAUAUUGUAAGUAAGUAUGCUGUAUAUUCAUACAAUAUACUAUAGAUACUUGAGUGUUUAAUGAGCUCUCCCAAAAUUAACCAAGUUAAUUUAACUUACAUGUGCUGUUGUACAACUGUUUGUAUUUAUUUAUUUCUUUUACUUAUAUUCUAUUUUUAUCUUUUAGGAGUCAUUGGUAUUCCUUGAAAAUAUUAUUAUCUAUAUUUUAAUUUUUUUUUUUUUAAAUGUUUCAAUUUACUUUAUUGCUGACAUAAACUUAUCCCGUUGUUGCUAAAUACAAAAUGUGUCAUUCCGUGUACCUUUUGUUCUCUGUAAUUUAUUUUACAAUUUUGUAAAAUUUAAAAUGUGACACAUAUUAUUUAUUUUUUUCAAAUUAAAACUCAUGUCCGUCUUCUAAAUACUUAUAUAAUAUGACUUAUUGAAUUUAUAAGAAAUAAAUUAUAAUAAUUUGUUAUGAAUUUAAAUUUAAAAAAAAAAAUUGUGAAUAUAUUGAAGUACAUUUUAUUUUGCCUGUAAUCAUAAUACAUAAAUGAAAGUUUACAAUAUAGUAAAAUUAUUAAUAUUUGACAUUUGUAUGAUUAUCAUAACAUAUUAGGACUCUUGUUAAAAUUAAAAUGCGUAACUACUUUCGUUUUAGAUAAUAGUGCACCUGUUUGUAGAUUAAUAAAAAAAAAAACUGAAAUAUUUGUUUUGAUUUAUGUUUUUUACUGUCUUAUAUCUACUAUUAUAUUAAAAUACCAGUUUUUAUUUUUAUACUUACAAUAUAUUAUAUUUGAUUUUGUGUAUUUUAGACCAAUUCCUAUGAAAAAUAAAGGCUUCAAAUUGUUAGAAAAUAUGGGAUGGACACCAGGAAAGUCUUUAGGAGCAAAUAAUUCUGGAAUUAAAGAACCUGUAAGUGUCUUAUCAAAUCAAUUUAUAAAAUUAUUAAAAUGUUAGAAAAUCAUAUUUCAAUUUAAAAUAUGGUAUAUAUAUUUUUUCAUUUAUCAUUGAUGUGCGAAAUAAUUACACAUUGAUUACAAUAUCUCCAUUUUAUAGUGCCUAAAGAUAUAUUUUUAUUUUAAAAUAUAUUAAUCAAAUAUAUUCGUUUAUCGAAAGAAACAGUUGAUUUGCAUAUUUAUUUAAUGUCAUACUGAUCUUUAUUAUUCAGAAGAGAAUACUAAUAUAUUUAAAGGACAAACAACAACGGAAAUUAUAAAUCCAGAAAUGGGUAAUACUAUUUAAGAUGUUAAAUCCAUCUUGAAUGGGGUUUAUGGUUUAGACAUUCUGAGAUGUUUCUCUCUUAUAAAAUAUUUAGAUUUCUGUUAAUUUGCAAUUAGUUAUGUAUAGAAUCCUGUACAAUUUUACAUUAGAUACUUAAGCAAACAUUUAUUCAUGGAACUUCAUUAAUCUGUUGCCAGGUUUGUAACCAACAUCUUUAUUACAAUGAAAUUUACAUGUGAUCAUUAGCUUAUUAUUCAUUUGACUGUUUAAAUUAUUAAUUAUUCUAAUUUAUGUUUAGUGAGUUAUUUUUUUUUUAAAUAUUAUUGUACAACUAAAUAUAGAGGAUGGUAAUAAUUUCAAAUUCAUAAUUUUCAACUUUUUGUAACAAUUUGAAAUAAUUUGCAUUAAUUUUUAAAGGGAAACUUAAUGAAGUAGUAAAAAUUAUUUUUUCUGUUGGGAAUAACUUCAAAUAUAUUUUAACUUAAAACAUUUAUUUAUUGCCUGCUAUUGGGCGAUUAAAAGGAUUUUAGUUUUUAUUAAAUUAUAUUUGUGUAGUUAAUUUUAUAAUUUUAUACUCAUAUUCUUAUAAUAUAAGUUGGUUUUACAAUAUUUUUUUUUUUUAGAUUUCAUUGGAAGUGAGAAAUGAAAACAUGGGACUUGGGUUUUCAACUUGUUUUGGUCUACCUGAACAAUCCUCCAAAAAUAUUUUAAAUAAUCAGUCUAAAAUACGGUUCAAUUUCGGUAGUAAAACUAAUAUGCCUUUAAAAACUAAUCGCAUUAAUUUUAUUGAAGGUAAUUUUAUUGGUUAUAUUUGUUUGAGAUAGUUCUUACAUUAUUAUAUUGUGUUUAUAGAUGAAACAUCAGAUGAAGAAGAAAAGUAAUAAAUUAAUCUUAAAUGUAUAAAUGAAUGUCAAUAAUUACGAAUGUGAACAGAAGUAUUAAAUUAAUGGUCUAGUAUGUAUAUUUUUCUAAUGAUAUUGAUUUUAAGAUAUGGAUAUUUUUAUACUAUUUUACUUUUGCAAAAUGUCCAUAUUAUAUUUUUUUAUUUGAUAAUUGUUAAUAAUAUAAUAUUAAUUAAUUAGUGUUUAUCAUAAUUAGAUUUUAAUUAAAAUAUUUAAAGUGUUCAAUAAGAGGUAACAAAAUUAUAAUAAGUUCAUAAAGUUCAAUAAAAUAUAUACAAUAAAUAAGUUGUUUUAUAGAAUUAUUCAUCUCUAAAUGCAUUUCAAAUUUACCUUGAUAAUUUGCACAAUAAAAUUUUUUAAAUUAUUUUAAAUAAUAAUUAGAGUUGAAUAAAAAAAAAGUACACUACUUUUUUUAUAAUAAUAAAUCUCAAACUAUAAUAAUUAAUAAUAAAUAAAGUAAAUAAAAAAAUAUAUACAUAAAAACAAUAUAAAUAAAUGAAUCAAUGCAUUGCCUGGAGUAUUAUGAUAAGUGUAUUAUAUGACCGGUUUCGAAUUAAAAUAUAAUAUACUUUGUAUAAUACACUUAUCAUAAUACUCUAGUUUGAUUGAUUGAUUUAUUUUAUUUGUAUAUUUAUUUACAAGUAUUAACCAUUUUAAUAAUUUUGUUUUUACUUUAUUAUUUUAUUAUUAAUUAAUAAUAAGUCUGUACUUUCCUCUUUUAAGCAUAACAAAAUUUGAAACUGAAUAGAUUAUAAGUGAAUUAAAGUUUUGUAUGAAAAAUUAAUUAAUUUUUUUACUGUGAAAAAGUAGUUAGCUUUUUUCAUAAUUUUGAGAAUUUUAAAUUAUUAUAUAGUGGGAUCAAAUCUUGAUAAGACACUACCAUUAUCUCGGAUUUUUUUUUGACAAUUUAUAUAUAAAAUAACUAAAAUGCUAUUACAUUGUUGUUAUUUUUCGGGGUGAAAUCACUACCUACUUAUGAUUUUUAAAAUGCCAUCUUAUAUUAUCAAUUACAUAAAUGUAUGAUGUUUUAGUUAAAAUUAAAUCUAAUAGUGAACUUUUAAUUUUCAUGAUAUUGUCUUGAUAUUCUUAUAUUUCACUUUUAAUUUUGGUUCGGGGGAGAGUAUUGGGACACUACAAAUGUCGAGUGUCACAUCUCAACACAAAUGAUGCUCCACUACUUUUCCCCUAUUCAUACUUAAAGUGGAAUAUCUCUACAACGGAUUAACGGAUCAACACCAUAAUUUACUUUAAUUAAAACACCAUUUAUUUAUGGAAUUUUAAAUAUAGAUUGCUAUUAUAGGUGGAUUUCAGUGAUUUUACUUCCAAAAAUAAUGGCAACAACAAUUUAAAUAUUUUCUGAGAUAAUGAAUGUCUAUUGAUGAUAGAAUUGUAUACUCAAUUCAAAAUUAAUGUAUUAAGUACUGAUUAUAUAAUAUAAAGAUAAAUUUGUAUAAAUAAAUAAUAAUUUCAGAAAAUUAUUUAAAUCAAAUAGUUGUGUUUUUCAAUUUUGUUUUAUUAAUAAUUAUUAAUAAUGAAUUGAACAUUAAUGCUAACCUAUCACCUACCUAUAACCUGCCAAUAAAAAUAUUUAAGGGGGGGGGGGAGAUAUCAUUAGUGUAACUCCAUUCACAUUCUAACAAAAUAUUACUAAGUAGUAUUUGCCCUCUCUACUACUAGGGCAAUCUGUUGAUUUUUAUUUUUCUCUUGUGCUAUAGAUAUUGUUCGAUUGAUAGUGAAAAGUGUAAAAUAUCUGGUGCUAAGAAACUGUAUAGUGCAGUAGUGAAUCCAGAGGGUAGCCCAGCAGCCUCACCUUCCCCAGAAUAUAGACUUUACAAAAGUUUUGACUUCCACAAAUAA